AUGUCGGAUGAUGCAGUUCAAGAAGCAGUUGAAGGUUUGGAAUUGCUAUCUUUUCUUUUGGACCUUGCAAUCAAUCCCAUAGCUGAGAUGAAGUGUCUACAACAGUGUACUCUAGAGACACACACAAGACACAGGUUCAAACUCAAACUCGAACUGGCAAAGGUGCCGGUGCAAAAAUCCGAUCUGAAACUUCAGACAUUGGCAAACUGGGGUUGCAAAUUCCAUCUCUCCACCAAACCAAAGCUUUUGCCAACAUUAUCUAAAGAACAUUCAGCUAACAAAGCUAUAGAUACUCCGACCAAUGGUUCUGCUUCAAAGAAAUCCAAUGUGGAUGUUGGUCAACAGAACAAGAAGGAUAAAUGCAAAGACCUGAAAUGCGGAGCACAAUUGGCUCAUCUACAGACCUCACUCGCAGCACUUGAGGAGAAAAUUAUAAUGUAUUCAGUCAAAACCUUACAAGAAAAAGGGCAAGUUGGCAAUAAAGCGUUCAGUCUACUUGACAAAGCAAUCAUGGAUAUCAAACAACUUGAAAGUGAGGUUGAAUUUCUAGAGGUUGAGGCACUUGAUCUCAAGGAAGAGUUGGAUUCAGCUCAUCACAGGAUCACGACACAUGAGAGGGUGAUCCAAAGGCUUUCAGGGCCAGAGCAGGAUGACCUUGUUCAACAAUACAAUCAAUCAACCCAACGUGGGUAUAGAGGUUUGAUUGUGGUAAUGUAUCCACCACAUAUGUCAACUGAGCUCAUAUAUGGACGUUCACUUUGA